GCAAUGGCAUUGCCAUACAUAAUGCAAGUAAGUUGUAUAAAACUUUUGUUAAGUUAGAUUGAACCCAAAUGACUGUUUCACAUCUGAGACACGCCCUUAAGAUUAGGGGGGCAAUCAUUGGGUAGUUUGUUGCAAGGGCAGGCUUAUAGCAUCAGGCAUCAGACAUAUGACAGUGUGUACUACUGCACAGAAAGCUCAGACUUCUUCUGCUCCCAUUUUUAUAUCCCAAAUUUCUAGGUCCUCCUCUGCAACUAACUCUCUCUUUUUUAUCAAUCCCCAGCCAAAACAGAAAAACAAAAAAUAAAAAGUAAAAAAAAGAAGAAAAAAAUCUCACAUUGUUAUCAUUAUUAUCAUCAUUGUUACCAACUGUGAUUAUUGUUUACUAAAAUCAGGAUUUGCACUCUCCGCAGUCUGCUCUGCACCAAACAAACAUAAAGAAUCUCCAACCUACUGGGCUAAACCAAAACCAUUAUCACCAAACAUCCAAGAUCAAAAAUCAAAACAAACUAAAACCCAUCUAAAAUAAGUUUGUAAGAUCCAUUUUACAGAAAAGAAGAGGCACAAAUAAACUAAUGGGUAGCAUCAGCAUGGCCACUGUCCUCUGACAGCUUCAUAUUUUUUCUAAUGAAGUUAGCACUUAUAAGCAGAGACUGAGCCAUUUAAUAAAAGAUUAUUUAUAUCAUACAUAUGGGUCCAUAGCCUCCUUCCUCUUCCUCCUCCAUACCCAUAAUUACAGCAAAGCAAACAAAACAAAAAAGGUACCCAGUGUGCAGCUAUUUUAGUCCCCUCCCUAAUAAUGCUACCUUCUUCCUUUUACAAAAGAAACAGUUUUUUUUCUUUCUUUCUUAGGUUCGUUAUUAAACAUUUACACCAUUAACAGACCUCUCUCUCUCUCUCUCUCUCUCUCUCUCUCUCUCUCUCUCAAUCUUCUUGGAUUCCUAUUCUCCACUUUCCCGGAAAAUAUUUUACUUCUACUUCCCAGGAAACUAUUCUUUAUUAAUUACCCUCUUCACUCUCUCCUCUCUCCACACCCCCAUAAUUUUCCUCUUCACUCACUCUCUCUCUCUCUCUACUUUCCCAGAAAAUUUCAUUUCUUGAUUGAUUUUCUUACCCACUUCACUCUCUCUCCAAUCCUCCAAGAACCCAUUACUUGAAUCCCAGUACUUGGUUUCUUGCUCAGCCAUUCAACUCUCUCAGUGAGCUCCCAGAGCUCCAAUGGCCGCCGAGAACGCUCUGAAAUCUCGAGAGGUCUCAGCCAUGAUCAAACAGGGCUUCAUCUCCGAUCAAACGCUCUCAUUCUCACCAUCAAGAUCCAUAUCCAAGCUCUACUCUCCCACUUCCUCGCCCUCCAAGACCCUCUCUUCUCCUCCCCCACCACCUCAACUCGCCGGGUCGACUCAGUCUUUAACUCGCCCGAGUCAGUCCCAAACGCUCUACGAGAUGAUGUCCGAUGAGCAACACCGAGACUCCAAGCUCGCAGACCGAAAAGUCCACGAAAAAGUCCACAAACUCCUCCAAAACGCACCGUUCCGAAACCCCAAUUGGGGAGGGCUAGUAUCCGGUGACGUGAGGCUCACUGUGGUAGCCAAGGACGGGUUCAGGGUCACCAUGGACGUGCACAAGAGCGUUUUGGCCGCGAAAAGCCGGUUUUUCGCCGAUAAGCUCCGAAAAGAUCGCGGGGUUUCUCACUGUGUCGAGAUUUCGGACUGCGACGAUGUUGAGGUGUAUGUGGAAACUGUGGUGUUGAUGUAUUGUGAAGAUUUGAAGAGGAGGUUGAUGGGCGAGGAGGUCUCUAGGGUUUUGGGCUUGCUAAAGGUAUCUGCUGCUAUCAUGUAUGAUGAGGGGAUUGGCUCAUGCUUGGAGUAUUUGAAAGCUGUUCCAUGGUCUGAGGAAGAAGAGGGGAAAGUUAUAUCUCAGCUCAAUGAACUUCAGCUUCAUGAUGACUUGGCCAGUGAAGUUCUCCUCAGAGUGUCAUCUGAACCAUCCACUUCUGCAAGAGCCGAUGAGAUCUUUAUGAGACUGCUGACCGGUGUUCUUCAAGCAAAAGACGAUAGGGCUCGUCGGGAAAUGAAGACUCUCAUCUCUCGGUUGCUUAGAGAAGAUGCAGCCAGUGGCAGCAAUAAUAGGCUUGAUGUCUCUAAAGAAACCCUUUACCACCUUUGCCAUCGGUGUCUGAGUUCUCUUGUCCUGUGCUUAUCUGAAGCCACGGGCAUGGAUGACAGUAGGAGGGAUCGCGGGGUUUUGAUGGCGGAGAUAGCAAGAGAAGCUGAUAACAUGCAGUGGAUUGUUGAUAUUCUGGUAGACAAGAAAAUGGGUGAUGAGUUUGUGAAAUUGUGGGCUGAUCAGAAGGAGCUCGCAGUCCUCCAUUCAAAGAUCCCAACCAUGUACCGACAUGAAAUCAGUAGAAUCACUGCUCAGCUAUGCAUUGCAAUUGGGAGCAGACAAUUGCUUGUGCCCAAAGAAACAAGAUUUUCUUUGCUAUCUACAUGGCUAGAAGCUCUUUAUGAAGACUUUGGAUGGAUGAGGAGGGCUUCUUUUAGAUCUGUUGAUAAGAAACUGGUUGAAGAGGGGAUAAGCCAAACCAUUCUUACACUGCCCUUGCAGCAGCAACAGGGUAUCUUGCUCAGUUGGUUUGAUAGAUUUCUAAACAAGGGCGACGACUGUCCAAACAUUCAGAAGGCAUUUGAGGUCUGGUGGAGACGAGCUUUUAUCAAACAUGUGUCGGAGCAGGAAAAUACCCAAUUGCAAAUAACUGUGUGUGAUUAUCCAAGCUGAACCAAGUUCACAAAAGCAACAUUUCUUUAGUUUUCUGGAUCAGUCUUGUAUAUUCUUCUCCUGCUUUAAUCAAUCCUUCUGGAGUGGCGCUAUUGCCAUAUCUCAUCCUACUCUACCAUCAUUUUCUAAUAAAUUUUGUUAAUUACAA